AAGUUGUUCUCUUUAGCAGAUUUUAUAACACACACGUAUACACGCACAUAUACAUACAAAAGUAUAGUUCUUCAUCUGUUCAUCCUCUAAGAGAAAAAUGGCCACACUUUCUCUCAGGUGUUCAUAGCUUUUCUGCUCUGCUUUCCACGAGUAAGAAAAAAAAAUUGAAAAAAUGAAGAAGAUGAACAGAUGGGCAGAUGCGGAGAGAUUUGAUGCUGACCAUAUCCAUACACUUGCAUGUGUUUAGGGGUUUUUUUUCUGGGUCUUAAAUCAUAUCCAGAUCUUGAUUUGAGUUUAAGAUCUCUAUGUACGUGUGAUUGUCCUGUCGAGUUUCUGCAAGAUCUGGGAGUUGAAGACAUUAUUAACCCCAGAGUCUGUUAAGAGAAAAUGUCGGCUUAUGCUCAUCAGAUGGAGCGUGAAUUCUCCGGCCUCUCCAGCAGAGGAAAUUCAGAACUGGCGGGGAGCCGGUACGAGAUAGAAUCCGGAUUCUACAUGACGUCUUUCGCAGCGACGAUCUUCUUGGCGUCGCUUCUAGCAGUUGGGGUAGUGAUGGUCACUUUGCUUAUCGCCUUAUCGGCUAUGCUUCAGAACUGCCAGACCAGAAGCUCUGGGAUCGUGGAGGCUCAGAACCUCAUCGAGAGUUUCAGUUACUGCAAUGCUUUGUCCCUGCACUCUCAUCUCAACGGCUUGAAGGAGUUCCCUCCGAUCUGCAUAGACAUCAGACGAGGAAUCCACUUGAAGGAGCUCAACUUCACCGUUCGGAUGGCGCUUACUUACUUCCGGAGCCUCACACCUUUGGGUGAUGACAGCCUCGACGCCGUUUUGAUCGAUAUUGACGAUGUUUUGGAUCAUCACUUCUACUCCACGCUUGGAUUAGAGAAAGACGGGUAUCAGGAGUAUGUUGAAGAAGCAAGGCAUCAGCAAGACAAACUUAUGCUUGAGAUGUACUCUCAGCUGAAAUCACAGGGGUAUUCGAUGCUUCUGUUAUCAAGAAAAUCCGAGGGAGAGAGGAAUCCCACGGUUGAGCAGCUGAAUUCCGCAGGAUACAGCAAGUGGUCUCGAUUGAUCAUGAGCAGGGAAGAUCAAGAAAUGCAGGAUGGUAAACAUGAGCAUCUCAGGAGACAAAUAGAAGAGAUGGAAGAAGGAGGGUACCGGAUAAGAGGCGUCAUUAGCAGCCAUAUGGAUGUAUUGACCUUGUCACGGUUAAGAACACGCCUUUUCAAGCUUCCGAGCAUUGAAUAUUUACCAUCUCGAUGAUUACAAUGGAAGGAGCGCUGCAAUUCGCUUGGAUUAUUCGUGCAUCUUCUUCUAAGACCGAAGACCGAAUGAAUGUGUACAAAAGUGAUCUUACCGGUUGAUGCGAUGAUAUAGCUUUGUAGUUUACAGUUUACACACUUGUAAUAUUAACAGUUUCAGGAUCCACAGAGUCCUACAGAUUGUGGGGGCGGAAGAAGUAGAGGGUAAUGCUUGUUACUUCUGAAUCCCUUUUUUCCUUUUGACACAAAAUCUAUUUACCAGGGCAUGCAUGUAGACGUGUAUCUUGGUAAAAAUACGAACUCGAUUGUACAUAAAUAUCUAAGAAUGAUGUUUCAAACAUUUGCUAUGGGAACACCUGGAAUGGAAA